AUGGGGGGCCCCGCACAAGGGGGCCCCCAUCAUAUGCAGAGAGCAGCAGGAGCAGCACAGCUGCAGCAGCAGCAACCGCUGCCUCCUCACCACAUGAUGGGGGGGCCCCCGCAACAAAGUUUCUUGAGGGGGAGAGGCGGGCAGCAGCAGCAACAGCAGCAGCAGCAGCAACAACAGCAACAGCAGCAGCAGCAGCUUCCAGCUGCCGACGGCCACCAGCAGCAACAGCAACCCGUAGCGCACCCAUACGAUCCUCACCAUCUGCAGCAGCAGCAGCAAGCAGCAGCAGCAGCAAUGAUGCACGGGGCGGGUAGGGUUGCUCCCAUGCUGCUGGGUCCUGCAGCAGCAGCAGCAGGACCGGGGCCCCUCGGCGAGGGUCCUGGGGGCCCCCACCAUGGGGGCCCCCCUGCUCGCUUUGAAGGGCCUCAUCACCCUGGCGAGGCUCUGCAGCAGCAGCACCAUCAGCAGCAGCAGCUGCUGCUGCUGCAAGUACGCGAUGUGCAGGAGCAAGCAGCAGAGAGAGGGGGGGCCCCCCAUCCCUUGCACUUAGACCCUCACGGCCAUCAUACAUACGGCAGAGGGGGCCCCCCUGGUGUGGGCGAUGCGGCGCUGCAGCAGCAGCAACACCACCACGUGGGGGGCCCCCACGGUGCUGCAGCAGCUGCUGCAGCAGCAGCAGCAGCAGCAGCAGCAGGCUACCGUUAUGAUGCUGUCCCCUUAGUCGCAGGUGCCUAUGGAGCCCCCCUCGCGGUUUACCCAGCCUACGGUGAGAUGUGGGGGGGCCCCUCGGGGGCCCUGCAGCACCGGCCGCAACAGCACCCGCUGCAGCAGGCAGGGCCCCGUAAGAAGAAUGCGUUGGAGAUCAGGGACCCUAAGACAGGGAGAGUAAUUAAUGGCGACCCUUCUCUGACGGAGCAGCAGCACCAGCAGCAGCAGCAGCAGCAGCAGCAGCAGCAACCGCCUGCUACCGUUCCUGCGCCUCCGCCCGGAGGAGAAACAACACCUGCCCCGCAGGCCGAGCAGCAGCAGCAACAACAGCAGCAGCAGCAGCAACAGCAGCAGCAGCAGCCCUCUAGCAGCAGCAGCAGCAGCAGUGCAGCGCCGGCCCAACCGGAUAGCGCAACACCGCAGGCAGAUAGCGCGCAGCAGCAGCAGGUACAGCAGCAGCAGGUGCAGCAGCAGCAGGAACCACAGCAGCAAGCUGGCGAGGCAGGAGGAGGUGCAGCAGCAGCAGCACCAGCAGCAGCAGCAGCAGCAGCAGCAGGCGCAGCCCGCCGGGCAAACUUUGGGGAGUUUGCGGCUUCAACGCAGCAGGGCACGAAGAGAGAACGAAGAAAGGUUCAGAAUGCUGCAGCCAGAAAUCUGCAGCAGCCGCAGCAGCAGCAGCAGCAGCCGGGUGCUGCUGCGGUUGCUGCUGCUGGAGACGGUGCAGCAGACACCGGGGCGGGCCCUCAGCACCACCAGCAGCAACACCAGCAGCAACACCAGCAGCAGCAGCAGCGCCGGCAGCACCAGCAGCACCAGCAGCAGCAGCCGCAGCAGCAGCAUGAGUGCGUUUCUGAAAUGAUGGGUGCUCAGCAGCAGCACGAUGCAGAGGGCAGUGCAGUAGUUGCGGGAGGCCUGGACGCACAGCAGCAGCCGCAGCAGCAGCAGCAGCAGCAGCAGCCGCAGCCGCAGCCGGCGCCCGGGGGGAUGAUGCGCUCGCUGGCAGAGUGUGGGGCCCCCCCACGAUCUUAUGCAGAGGGGGCCCCCCCUCCUCCUCUGGGUAUUGAGACACAGAGGCUUCAUACAUACGGCCGUCUGCUGCACCAGGGUGGCUUGGGGGCCCUUCCUGCUGCUCCUUAUGCUGCGCCUCCGUUUCACCUGCCGCAGCAGCAGCAGCAGCAGCAGCAGCAAGGCAGGCCGAUGCAGCAGCACCACAGUCAAUCCCACCAUGCCCAGCAGUUCCUCAACACAGGAGAAGCAGCAGCAGGGGGGCCCCCAGGGGGCCCCUCUGGAAGGGGCCCCAGGGGGGAGAGAGCGAGGCAGCGCAAGGCUGACCGCCAAGCCAGUGCGCGGCAGCAGCAGCAGCAGCAGCAGCAUGCGCAGCAACACGCGCAGCAGCACGCGCAGCAGCAGCAGCAGCAACAUGCGCAGCAGCAGCCUCACGACCUGCACCAGCAGCCGCAGCAGCAGCAACCGCAGCACCCCCUCGGAAGCGCGGAGAGUGCUGCAGCAGGUCUGCAGCAGCAGCAGCCGCAGCAGCAUCCGCACAUGAUGGACAGCAGCGCUGCAGCAGGGCAGCAGCAGCAGCAGCAGCAGCAAGAGCUGAUGCAGGGGGGCCUUAUUCAGCCUCCCCAAAUGCUGGGGGCCCUGCCGCCUCAGGCGCUGCUGCCGCUCGGUAUGCAGCAGCCAAGCUAUCAUUAUUUGCUUGCAGGGGGUGAUCUGAGGGGCCCCCAGCAGCUGCCGCACCUGGCAGCAGCAGCAGCAGCAGCAGCAGCAGGUGGCCCGCAGCAGAUGCAAGCCUUCGGGGCUGCAGCACGGCCGGGGGCGGGGGCUCCGUUGCACCCGAACCAGGCAGCAGCAGCAGCAGCAGCAGCAGCAGCAGCUGCAGGCGCUGCAGCAGCCAUCCCUGUGUACGGAAUAGUUGGCAGCAAUUUGCUGCCUUGCGGCGCAGGGCUGCCGCUGCCGCACUGCGGAGAUAUGCCUUUAGUUAUGCAGGCUGCUGUUCCCCCCCCUCUGCUGCAUGUGAUGCAGCAGCAGCAGCAGCAGCAGCAGCAGCCGGGGCCUCUUGGCGCCGCAGCCCCUCCUCCGCUGCAUGUUGCUGCCGCCCCUGCUGCUCCUGCUGCUGACGGUAGGCAGCAGCAGCACCCUCGACCCGACCCGGCGCUGCAGCAGCAGCAUUUCCGCAUGCAGCAGCAGCAGCAGCAGCAACAGGGUGGCCGACCCUUGUCUCGCCCAGCCUCUGAUAUCGUCUGCCCUGCUGCCGCUGCUGCUCCAGGUGAGGCCAGGGGCAGCAUUACUGAGGGGGCUCCACCUCUCUCUGCAGCAGCAGCGGAGCCUGCUGCUGCAGCAGACGGCGCCUCACAGCCAGCUGCAGCGCCUAGUGUAGCUGCGACAGCAGCAGCAGCACCUGGCGGCGCAAGUGGACAGCAGCAGCAGCAGCAGCAGCAUUCGGAUCGGCGCGCCAGGAAGAAGGUGCAGAACGCCCCAGUAGAUCGGGCAGCAAAGAGAGAAACUGCAGACAAGUCGGAGCAGCAGCAACUGCAGCAGCAGCAGCAGCAGGGAGCAGCGCCAGUGAGCACUUCCCAGCCAGAUGUGCCUCCGGUGUCGCCUACAGCAGCAGCAGCAGCAGCAGCACCAACAGCGGCACCCGGAGCAGCAGCCGCAGCAACAGCGCCAGCAGCCACAGAGUUUCAGCAGCCUAAGGGCGGCCGCCCUUCUGCUGCUGGCGGCAGCAGGAGGGAACCUGCUGCCGUUGCUGCUGCUAAUGCUGCUUCAGAAGGCUCGCGGUCUGCAGAGGGGGUGUAUGCCGAGCAGCAGCAGCAACAGCAGCAGCAGCAGCUGUCGCAGCAGCAGCAGCAGCAACAGCAGCCGAAGUCUCAGCGGAAAGAACGCCCGGUCGACUUGCCCGGUGAUGCUGCAGCAGGAGCAGGAGCAGCAGCAGCAGCAGCAGCAGAACAGGAGCAGCAGCAGCAAACUCCCGCAGCAGCAAGGAGGCCGUCAGCUUCUACCAAUGGUCUCCUCAGUCCUGGUGAAGCAGCAGCAGCAGCAGCAACAGGAGCUGCUGCUGCUACCUCCAGCAGGCGUCCCUCCCGCUUAAGUAGCCCUCGCCGAGGGAGGAGCCCCCGGGGGAGCCUCAGCUCACAGCAGCAGCAGCAGCAGCAGCAGCAGCAGAGCCGGACUGGAAGUAGGGUAGAGGCUCUGCGUGGGAAUGAUUCCGUGCAGCAGCAGCAGCAGCAGCAACAGCAGCAGCAGCAGCAGCAGCAGCAGCCAAGGAGAGAGGGCAGCCAGAGCCCGUCGGCAGCGCCAACAGCAGCAGCAGCACCAGCAGCCGCAGCAGUCGAUAAGCAGAGCAGAGAAGGUGACGCAGCAGCAGCAACAACAGCAGCAGCAGCAGCAGAGACUCCUCCUUCCACAGCAACGGCAGCGCCUUCUCAUACAUCCGACUCCUCUGGCGGCUUCUCGCCGCUGCGUGCUGCAGAGACAGCAGCAGCAGCAGCAGCAGCAACAGGAGCAGCAACAGCAGCUCCAGCGCAGCAGAAGGGUUUGGGUCGGGGUUUAGAUGCCCUUACGCCUGAAGCCGCAGCAGCGCCAACCGCAGCAGCAGCACCAGCAGCAGCAGCAGGAGCAGCAGAUACUGCAUUUAUGAGACGUGGAGCGUCCCCUGCUUCAGCAGGAGCAGCGCCAGCAGCCGCAGGAACAGCAGCAGCAGCACCAGCAGCAGCAACAGCAGCAGCACCGGCACCAGCAGCACCAGGGGUGUACUCUAUUGCAGACCUUGUAACGCUCUACCGUGCUCUGAAGCCUCACAUUGAGGCCCCUGACUGGCGGUUUUGCUGCGGGGAUAUGGAGGACCUGCGGAGACAGGGCAGCGGCGGCGGCGGCGGCAGCAGCAGCAGCAGCAGCAGCAGCGCCGGCGGGCUGGGGAGCGCGAGAGACUGGCAGCGGCGUGCUGGAGCUCCUGCUGCUGCAGGCAGCAGCAGCAGCAGCAGCAGCAGCAGCAGUGGGCUGAAUGGCUUCGGUGCUGGGAGUCUCUUCGGGGGAGCACGGAGGCCAGGUGGAGCAGCAGCACCAGUGGGCAGCAGCAGCAGCAGCAGCAGCAACAACAACAAUGCUUUCAGGUGCCUUAGGGGCCUAGGAGAGCUAGAUGGAGGAGGAGACAGGCAAGGAGACAGCCGCGCAAACGCCAGCAGCAACGCUGCAGCAAGUGCGCCGCAGUGGAGAUCGAGCGGAGGGGGUACAGGGGGCCCCCCUGUUCGUGGGGGCCUUGGGGUGUCUCGGGGGCCCCCAACAGAUGGAUAUUCAAAGUUGAGCGGUUUCUUCGGUAACAGGCCUCCUCCGCCUACCCGGGAGCCUCCUCCUCAGCAACCUGCUACUAUCCGUGCUGCUGCUUCUUCAAGUCUCCGAGCCGUACGAGAGAUAGACCCGAGGGAGAGAAAGAGACGGUCUCUUAAUGCACUUCUAAACAAACUUACUAUUGACAACUUCGGUGUUGUCUGCGAGAAGAUUUGUUUAGAGGCAGAGCAGUUUGAUGCAGUCGCGGACUUGGAGCUCCUCUCAGAUCUUCUCUUCAAUAAGGCGGUGUCUGAGCCCGAGUACAGCGAAAUGUACGCCGAUUUAUAUCAAAUUAUUCGCUGGCGAAGUUUGGAAUUUGAAGUGCCGGGCGAAGAGCGAAAGAUAAACUUUCAUAGAACAUUUGUGAAUAGGCUUCAAGAUGAGUUCGAGAGGCUGCAAGGGAAGAACGUGUUGUUGAUAACGGAGGAGGAGCGUGCGGAGUGUGUAGAGGCUGACGACGAAGCAAAGUUAUUAAAGAAGAAGAAGACAAGAGUAUUAGGCAAUAUGCGUUUCAUCGGAGAGUUAUUCUUAAGACGCGCACUCAGCCCCAAUGUCUUAAAUGAUGUUGUGCAUGCACUCGUAUUUAGCAGCAAAGGAGAUGCCUUCCCAGACGAGCACUUCAUCGAAUGCCUUACUGAGCUCCUAACCACCAUAGGCUACACGAUGGACUUACAAGACUCAUCGCGAGGGAUGAUGAACGAGUUCAUCGGUAAACUUCAAGAGUUGCAGCUGCGUGCUGGAUAUUCAAGCAGAAUUGUCUUUAAAAUACAAGACCUCUUGGACUUGAGACAGAGACUUUGGACGAAAAAAGUCUUCAAAGAUGUCGCCAAAUCCGUUGCUCAAAUUCGAGAAGAUGCCAAGCGAGACGAGCUGAUGGGCGGGGCAAUCAAGCUGGCUCAGGAGGGGGUGUUUCUAACGGUGGGGUUGCGAAGAGAAAUGCCUUAUAAGAAAUACUUAGAUGAACAAAGAAUGCUGCUGAACUCUAAGAGAGCUGCUGCUGCAGCAGGAGGAGACGCAGCAGCAGCAAACAAACGAGUCUCUGCAGCACCAGCAGCAAAAACAACCGCAGCUAGAACACCCGUCACCACCACUUCCAGCAGCAGCAGCAGCAGCAGCAGCAGCAGCAGCAGCAGCGGGCCGCAUGCAUUCAGUCGGAGCCCAGGGAGCACCGCGGCAACGCCAGGUUCAGCAGCAGCAGGAAACGAACCAGCAGCAGCAGCAGCAGCAGCAGGGUCGCUUAGCAGCAGCAGCAAGGGAGCCCCCGCCCCCGCAGCAGCAGCAGCAGCAAGGCCCUAUGAAACUCCGCCAAUGCAAAAGGCUGUCGAUCUGUUAGCCUUUGAAUUUGCUGUGGAACAGGGAGCCCUAGAGCCUUGCGUGUCGGAGUUUGUUUCUUUGGGUUUGUCUCCGUUUGAAUGUGCUGGACAAAUUGCUGCUGUCUUUGAGAAGGCUCUCUGCGGAGCACAGCCAGCAGAUGCGCUGAGAUAUGCUGCUCUUGCAGGGCGGCUUGCAGCUGAAUACUUUAAAACCAACGGGGAACUUACUCUGCUCUUCGACUUCUUCUCUGACGCGGUGAUGGGGCAGGUAUCGGAGUUAGUCUUAGAUUGCCCUUUGGCUUUGUCUAUUUGCUUAGAGACAUUUGCUGCUCUUAUUAAACAUGAAGCCUUCUUAUCUCGUAUUGAAGAUAUUCUUAAGACAAACCUUAAGCUCCCUCUACCAGAAAAAGAUACGCAUGCAGUCAAGCUGUGUAAGGAUAUCUUAGAACGAUGCAGCGGACUUAGCGGAGAGCGAAGGAGACAGGUAGAGCAGCUGCUGGAAGUGUCUCUGUCUGAGGGUUUUGCUGGGCUCUCCACAGCAGCAGCAGCAAAGCUGCUGCUAAGCUGA